CAAACUUUUGAUUGUAAGAAGUAGUAGUUAAAAAUAAAUUGGGGAUACCUCAUUCAGAUUGGAUGAUUCCAUUGGUUCAAACAAAAUGGCGCCCGAAGUUUUCGAAUUUUUCAGGUCGGUUGUGAAAAUGAUGUAAAAUGUCUGCCCCGGUGACGUCGUUGGUUUCUCCGGGCGCCCUGAUCAGCCCCGAGUGGUACAAGACGCCGGAGGGACGCGAGUACCUCGCCGGGAUUCUCAGGAGGAACAGGCGCCGGAUUUUCGGUCUGUUGGAGCGUCCCAGCCUGUCUCCCCAGCAGGACCCAGAGAUGGUCUCCUAUAAGAUCUACCUGGCUGGGAAGUCAGGCGUCGGCAAGACGGCAACAGUCGCCAAACUGGCGGGGAUAGAAGUCCCACCUACACACCAGGAGACACCUGGUAUCCAGACUACAGUCCUGUACUGGCCAGCCAAGCUGGUACAGAGAGAAAAGGUCAUCAUGUUCAAACUGCACUUCUGGGAUGCCGGGGAGCAGGCUCUCAAGAAGUUUGACCACAUUUUACCUGCGUGUAAAGACAAGGUGGAUGCUGUACUGUUCCUUUUCUCCUUCACCGACCGCUCCAGUUUUGAGGACCUGCCCCACCUCAUGUCCCGCGUAGUGGAAUCUUCCGAGUCCAUUCUCAGGCUGGUGGUCGGGACAAAAUACGACCAGACGUUACAUAACGAGGUGCCCACGCGGGAUAUCCGUGAGUUUGAGCAUCGCUGGAAGGUCCCGGUGCUGAUGAUCCGUAACGUGGACGGACCGCGGACGCCUGACGGGAAAGCUCUGGACGGCCGGGCAGGGAUCAUGGAGGUGGCCCAGUUCUUGAAUAGUAUCUGUGAACACUUGUGGAGACACGACCAGAUAGCAGCGGGGAUCUACCGACCUCCAGACUACACAGGGGAACCCAAGAUAUCCUUCAUCUAACUGUUAUAUCAUUAGAAAAAUCAUCUGUCACACAACGCUGAAAUAUAUGGCCUCCUGAACACUGCUGCUCAUUGUUCAGGUGUAGGUCUGGGCUUGGUUCGCAGUUAAAUUUGACUCAAAUGUAACUUCUCUUUGGUCGAAUAGAAAAUAUUUGCGCCCCCGAUACAAUCUACAUGUAUAUUGUACGUACAUGUAAGUCUUGUGCUAUCAAAUCGAUAUAUGGUAAUACAUGUACAUACAUGCAAAGUUAUCAAAUGUCAUCACAUGAUUGUAUGUACAGUCUCUGACAAUCACCCAAAAAGUGUGAUAUACUACUAGUAUUGUUAAGUGAUUUGAGUGCAAUUGAUUAUAUUGUUAAUAUCAUUUUCAAUGAUGUAAUUAUAAUUGCAUGUAUUAUCAAGUGAGUUUCAAAUGAACAGGAUUAUAUUUAUUAUGAUUGUAGCCCCUUGCUGGUUGGACAGCCGAACCAUUGAAUAAAUAAGAAUUAUGAUUUCGUGGCUAUGUGUUAACAACUAAAUAAUA